AUGAAACAGGAAAAAAAAGGUAAGGAUGGUGCGAAUGGUCCAGGCUCGUCAGGAUCCCCAUCUGCACCUACAGCAGCAGCACCGAAAGCAUCAGAACCAGCAACAGGAGGACCAGCAUCAGCACCUGAAGAGAAGAAGGACCAGGUGACACAGACGGAACCAUCAUCUGGGACUGUCCCCCGCGGUACCCCAGCGUCCCCAGAACCGACGCCUGAACAGACUACAGUCACUCCUAGUGGCAACACGCAUGACCCCGGGUCCAAGGCACCCGACACUCAAAAUGGAAACGACCUUCCCAAAGCCGACAGUAACGGAGAGGGUAAUGAUGACCCGCCUCCUCCCAAUCCACCCAAACCAAAACCGAACCCGAAUCCGGAUCAGGUGGCCUCCGAACGCAGCUCCCCUGGUGGACAUCUUGCGCAUGGUGUUUCUGGUGGGGCAGGAAAAGGCGGAGGUGCAGGAGGUUCCGCAUCCUCAGGACCUGGUUCCACUGGUCACCAAAACCCUGGUUCCUCCGGUACUGGAACCUCAGGAGGGACUCAACAUACACAGAAAGAUGGCCUCUCCUUGAAUGAUCCAGGCCCUAAUGUACUUGGUAAAGUUGGAGGUGCCUUUGCAGCGGGAAUACCACCAUAUACGACACACCCUAAAACCCCUGACGAUAAAAUAAACCUGUCUCCUACCCCGGAUGUCCCCGACCUAACCGCCGACGUCCUUACCGCCACUACUCCCGUCCUCUUCUUCCUGUCCGCCGUCAUCGUCGCCCUCCUUGGUUAUUCCCUUUGGAAAGUAAACGAACUGGGCUCAUCAUGGAACCACGUAACGGGCCAAGAGGACACCGUCGGUGUCAGGAUGAGUAGAGUACUGACCGUUGAAUUGGAUAUGCAAGCACCGCCACCAAAUAAUACAUUACUCCUCACUCCUGGUAAGGGUCAACCUACAAAAGACGCAUCGGAUCAGAAGCCAGGAAAGUCUGGUAAACCAAAAUCGAAGGUGGGUGAAGAAGGGUCGUUACCACCGUCCACACAGAAUAAUGUACAGAGUGAAAAAAAGGAAAACAAGCCACAAGGAACUGAAGUGAACAAUGGAACGGAUAACCAAACACCAGAACAGAAUAAAGAUCCCGUUAGUCCUAGUGCAAGCCCAGUGAAAACAAGUGCGACGGAUGGGAAGUCGGGAAAACCAGAUUCUAAGGUUGGGACAGAGGCGAUAUUAGUAGCCUCAAAAAAUAAAGCACAAAUUAAAGAAACGAGCGAGCAAGCUAGGGGACUUUGUAGUACACUAGCGCGAACUAUAUCUAGGAAUAAAUGGUGGAUCCCCGCUACAGUGGCUGUUUUAUUUAUUUAUAUGUGGGCUUUGCAUUACCGAAGGCUUUUUCCAGCUUCAAACAGCGCGGCAACCUGGGGGGCUCCUGCAUUCCUUGGUGCAGUUGCAGGAAGCAUAGCAUUUAUGCUUCUGAUCAUGUUAAUUCGUUUCUACUACCGAAGGGGAAAAGCAAAAGUGCCAAAGAAAGCUCUAAAGGACAAAAUUUCAUCACAAGGAGAGAAGAAGCCCGAAGCACCUAAUAAACCGGAAGUACCCGACAAGCAGGACGCACCUAAAAAGGUAGAAGAAUCCGAGAAACCGAAAGCACUUUGA